AUGUCUGUCGGUGCAAAAUCUUAUCGAAAUUCGUCAAAAAAUCGAUGUUUUGCUCAUUGCUCUAGUGUUUCCGAAGAUCUCAAACCUUUCACGACUACACGGUGGAACACAUUUGUAAGCAGUGUGAAUAUUUGGAAAGAUUUAGUGGGGUAUCAGGCUGAUAUAGCGAGAGCCUUUUUACGCGAAGUUGGACCUGAUGCACUGGUCGAUACUGCUGUAGGCUUACCAGUACCAGAAAGUGGUGGAUAUCACCCGACGUGCUAUCGCUAUUUCACAGAUUCAUCCAAGCAAGAGAGAGGGAAACUCAACAAAGACAAACAAAAAACAGACGCUGCAUCAUGUCAAACUUUAGAAUUGGAGCCUUCUACGUCAAGUGCAGGCGGUCAAGCUCCAGGUCCGUCCUCAGCCUCAGCAAUAAGACGCUUACGGUCAAACUCCAGUGUUGCUGGUGCUUCAAAGCAGCCCUCUGUCUCUGCCCACAUUCUACCAAAGAUUUGCAUCAUCUGUCGACAAAAUAAAACUCAUAAGGACUCUGAGGGGAAGAAAAAGAAGGAACCAUUAAUGCUGUGUCAACAGCCAGAUGGUGGAAAAGUAGCAACAGCUGCUAAAGACAAGAAGGACGACCACAUUCUUCUUCAGAUCCAGGACAGAGACUGUGUAGCAAUAGAGGUCAGGUAUCAUCGCAGUUGUUUCAGGAGCUAUACUGUCUACCAAUCAAGGAAAAGUGUUGAGCCCAUCAAGGAGCAGAAGUAUGGAAAGGCAUUCCUUACAUUUUGCAGUUAUGUUGUAGACAAGAAGAUCAUACAAGAGAAGCAAAUAUAUAGAAUGACAGCACUGAGAAGAUUGUUUGUAAAAGCUGUUAAAGAUGUUGAGUCUAAAGAUGCAUCAAAUUACAAGACCUACAGCCUAAAACAACGCCUGAAACGAAAGUAUCCACAACUCUGCUUUCUUCAGCCUAAGAAGAGGUAUGCAAGUGAAAUGGUGUAUGUCGAGACGCUAUCAACUGAAGACCUUGUGCCAGGAGCAGUUGGUUCUGAAGGAGAAGAAACAGACACCACCACUGAUACAGACGCCCUAUCUGAUACUGACACAGACAUCACAGACGUUGAUGAAAGCAUAGAACCUCCAACGAAGCGACAAAAGGGCGGGAAUGGUAGACGAUCCAAACCUCCAAUGGCCUCACUUCGAGAUCGCUACGCCUCUGCACUGGACCUAAAGGACGAUGUCAUGCAGACCAGGACCAGUCUACCAUGGCCUCCAACAUCAUCUGAUUUAACAUUGGAUUCUGCACGCACAAUAGUAUCCACCAAGCUGUACAAUUUUCUAGCAUGGGUUGUAGGUGCUUCUGAGGAUCCAGAAGAAGAGGAGAAAGUCAAGAUAGGAGCAGCAGAAGAUCGUCGUAUCCUUACAAUUUGUCAAGAUAUUAUCUACAUGGCUACAAAGGGGAGGAAGAUGAUGCCCAAGCAUACAUCUCUAUCAAUGGCAAUGCGUCAUUUGAGUGGUUCAUCACAGCUGAUUGGGCUACUUAACGGUUUUGGAUAUUGUGUGUCGCACACUAAUGUUUUGGAGCAUGAUACGGCUCUAGGGCUGCAGGAGAUAGAGAAAGGUUCAAGUAAGCUUCCGUCCAGUCUGGAAAAGUCAUCCUACACUACUUUAGUCUGGGACAAUAACGACUUCGGGGAAAGAACACUUUCAGGAAAAGGGACGACACAUAAUACCAAUGGGAUAGCUGUACAACAUGCACAUCUUGCUGCUGUAAUCCCUCAAGCUUUACCAGCUCAGAGUAUGAAGAAGACAAGACAACGAUCUUUGCCUGCACCUGCUACAAUACUGGUGAGAUUCACUGGCCAGAGGAAGUCAUCGCCAGAGGCAUUUGAUGAUUCUGUGGCGCUUGAGAUGAGUCAGUACGAUGAUGUUCUACAUUCUAACAAAGAAAAGGAUGCAGCCUUCUAUGUUGCAAAAUCGUCACAGGAACGACUACUGCCAUCUUGGACUGGAUUUAAUCAACUGCUUUCGUCCAAUAUCCCUCCUAAGGCAACAAUAGCUUACUUGCCAGUGAUAGAUGCAAGCCCAACAGAUUUUAACACCGUCCAUACAGUACUACACCGAAGUCUGGAGAUAGCAGAUCAGUUGGCACUUCCAGCCAUUGUGAUAGUGGUUGAUCAGGCCAUUUAUUGCAAAGCUCAAACAAUUCGCUGGCAAGAACCAACAUUUCUGAAGAAGAUAGUCAUUCGACUAGGGGCUUUCCACACAACAAUGACGGCACUCGCUUGUAUUGGAAAGCGAUUUCAGGAGGCAGGACUGCAAGAUAUUCUUAUUGAGGCAGGUGUUGUAGCUACAGGCUCAGUGACUGGUGUGAUGAAUGGCCACAACUACAAUAGAAGUAUCAGAUGCCAUAAGCUUAUGGCCGAAGCACUUCAUCGCUUGCGCUGGCAGAGCUUCAUGGGUUCCUUGGAAGAGGAGAGGCAGCAUCAGUACAGAGAAGUAGUGGCAUCUCUACAGGGAUCAUUUCCAAGUGAAUUCACCAACCAAGUUCAAGGAGAGUUGUACCAAGCAAUGGUCAAGGAGUACAAAGAUUUCAUUGAAGAAGGAAAGAAGGAUGCUACUUUCACAUUUUGGUCUUCCUAUCUAGAUUUGGUUGGAAAUAUCCUCCUGUUCAUACGUGCAACACGAGAAGGAGAUUGGCAACUGCAUCUUGCUUCAGUCAGAGCCCUGCUUCCUUGGAUGUUUGCCUAUGACAGAACAAAUUAUGCACGGUACCUGCCAGUUUAUUGGAUCGAGAUGAGCCAACUUCCAACCACUCAUCCAUACAUUUACAACGAGUUGAUGAAGGGUCACUUUGGAGUGCAACGCCAAGACAGUCAUGGGUUUGCUCAGGUAGCAUGUGACAUGACUAUUGAGCAGACAGUCAAUAGGGAUACGAAGACCAGCGGCGGUGUAAAAGGGUUCUCUAACAACCAAGGGGCGACAAACCGCUGGGUCAGAGGCCACCACGAGAGAGCCCUGAUCACAAGACAGUGUGAAGUGAUGGCUGGAAAGGGCGAGAAGUCUUCAAAAAGAGUAGACUUAACAAAAAGCAGAAUGACAAGGGACCAGCAGGAUGUAGCCAAUAUCAUGAGUACCAUCAACAGCAUGACAAAUCCCUUUGUGGUCGAUCGAGAGACAGAUGCUGAUGAUCUUGUGCAUCUCUCAUCAGGCAUUGUUGCGUCAGUCAGUGUGUGCUCAGAUCUUCUGAAAGCAGGCGAGAAGGGGGACAAAGCAUUCAUCAACUUUGCCAAAACCAGACUACAAGGAGAUACCGAUCUUAACAAGACCAUCACCAAGAUGAAACUUAAGACAUUUGCCGAUUCUGACAAGGCAAAAGUCAACAUUAAAGGGAGAGAAGUUGUGCUUAAGAGCGCCCGGGAGUUACUGGCAAGGCUCAUCAUCAUAGGCCGUGUACGCAAAGUUGACCAACGCAAGAUGCUCAGUUACUCCUUAAGCACAUACCCACCAGCCAUUUGUAAAGAAGAUGGAUGUUUGGUCAAGAACAACAAGGCUGCCCUCCUUCACCAGUUGGAAAAUUUGCCAGAGUCAUCCCCAACAGUGGAUCGACUGCUGGAGUCAGUAUGGAUUGUUGAUGGUAUGGCAUUGCUUCAAGGCCUAAUACCAAGUCGGAUGCCUGCUACCAUGGGACAGUUGGCCAAGAAAAUCCUGAAGGAUGUAGUCUACCUAGCCAGAAACUCCAGUUCUGAUCAAGUCCACUUUGUCACGGACACAUACCCACCUGUCAGCAUCAAAGGUGCAGAGAGAAAAAGGCGUGCUGCAAGUGGGUCGCAGCGUAUAAAGAUUACAAACCAAGACCAACCCGUUCCAAAGCAAUGGAAGAAAUUCUUAGCAAAUGGCUUCAAUAAGCAACACUUUGCCAAGUUUUUAUAUGAGUCGUGGAGUGCUUGUGGUGAGGAUGAAUUCAAGGGAGUUGAUGUAUAUCUGGCUCAUUCUGAAGAAUGCCACAAGUUAUCUUGUCGUAGUGGUACCACGGUCAGUGAAGCGAUUCCAGAGCUAUACACUACUCAAGAGGAAGCCGACACGAGGAUGAUGCUACACGCAAAGUACAUCAGCAACAUGGGUAGGAAGGACAUCAUCAUUAAGAGCCCGGACACUGACGUAUUCGUCAUUGGCAUUGGCAUAGCUGCCCAACUUGAGGGUUCCAAGUUGUAUUUCCAUACUGGCAAGCAAGAUAAGGAACGGACAAUCAAUUUGAACGCCAUUCAAUGUCAUCUUGGAGAUCAAGUCAGCGAUGCAAUCGUAGGCCUGCACCCAUUCACAGGUUGUGAUUCCGUCAGUGCUUUGUAUGGACGGGGGAAGACUAAGCCCUUUACGCUGAUGUCGCAGACUACAAAGUUUAUCAAGGCAUUUCAGGAGCUUGGGAAAGCAUUCACCCUUACUGAUGACCUGGUUUCUACUCUGGAGGAGUUUGUUUGCAAGUUGUAUGGGAUGAAGGAAAUCAGUAAGGUGAAUGAAGCAAGAUAUGCUUUUUUUUCCAUGGCGACGAGACAAGAAGACAUUAUGCCACCAAACAAGGAUGCCCUCAUGAAGCACAUCCAAAGGGCCAACUAUCAAACUGCUAUUUGGAGGCGCUGCCUUGAGAGCCAGCCAGAUGUUCCGUCACCAGUUGGGCGAGGUUGGCAAUCGGUCGAUGGAGGGCUUCGAAUAGACUGGAUGGAUAUGCAACCUGCUCAACAGAGCAUCCUUGAACUUACUUCAUGCAAGUGCAAAAAGUCCAAAUGUAAAGUCACAGGAGUAGAUGCCCAGUGUUGUGCGCCUUUGGGCCUUCCCUGCACAGAACUGUGUGAGUGCAAGAACUGCGACAACAUGGCUGUGCCAGGUGAGGAACCAAUCAUUGGAGAAGAAGAAGAAGCAGAAGCUGAUGAAGGUGACAACUGUGACGAUGAGGAGAACUUUGAAGAAGAGGAGUUAUUUUAACAUGUUCAGCCUAAAGAUGAUGACAUGAGAACCAUGCAGGUCCCCACAGCUCCCAGCACUACAACAUGCACUAUCAGAACCAAGUCCCAACAGCUCCCAGCACUACAACAUGUGCUAUGAGAACCAAGUC